UUUAGGAGAUUAGGUUGAACAGUAUUAAUUUAGCAUAGCAAGGUAAAAGAGCUUUAAUUUAAAAUGAAAUGCACUUUAACAACCUUAGUUUGGCAAUUGACAUAAAGUAAAUAAAUCACAAAAUGUCCUAAUGAAUGGAACACCAAGUUAAUAUUAUGCAAAUCAUUAUAUUAUAUAUGAAUAUAUUAUCAGUUUUUGCUAAAUCUUUGUGCUCCAUACACUGCACAAUUACAGGAGCACUGGUUUCACUGGUUUUAAUGACAACCCUGAACAUGGGCAAUGACUGGGAGCUAUUAGUUACUAUAAGAGACUCAAUCUUAUAAUGACUUGUUGCUUUACCCUGUCUGGGGACACAGACACACUGGCAACCACAUUAAACAUCCACUAGAAUGAAAAUCUAAACACAGCACGAUAGAAAUAAUAGUCACAGCAUUAAUAAAUGAAGGAUUUAAAGUAAAACAGUAACGUUACUGAUUUUAGUCGGUUCCAGGCACUUAAACAGACAGCUCCACACUCCACAGAGCAAUAAUCAUUUCUGUCAAGCUAUAAUUUGUCUAAAGGACACUUAGUUGGUGAGUUGUAGUGUAAUAUUUCCACGCUCCAGUCAGGUGUGUACAAAGGAAAGUAACAGCAAAAGUGUUUCAUACUUUAAAACAUUCAUGUAAAAAAAUAUAAAAUGAAAAACAUUUUCACAACUGUUCUCCUGAAUAUAUGUGCAAAUAGUAGCUUAUGGUAACAGCAGCAAAUGGUGCAGAAAAUAUACUUAACUGAACAUCAAAACUAGGAUAAAUGGUUAAAUGCACUGAUAUAAAUUAGAGACAUUCUUUGCAUUUGCAUGGCUGAAAUAAACAUCCAUUGUACAUGUUUACUUCCAUGCUAUGAAAACAGGAUUGAUUAGCACAGCAGAAAUGAUCAUUUAAAUGAACUUAAUGAACUUUUUGGUGAGAAAAGUUGAAUAAAAGUUACAAUGUAGACUGUGUAGGCUACUGUGUUUCAUACAUUUUAAAACUGGUUUUACAUGAGAGAGAUGGCCACAAAGAAACGUAAUAUUAUGGCCUGUGCAUGGGUGGCCUACCUACAUACUGACUUUACAGACCAAUCAAGUGUGCUUGUGGACCUUUUGACCCCUGUGCAAUUUCUUGAUCUCAAUAAUAAUCAUUAUAUAACACGCAGUAAAACACAAUCUUUUUUUCUCCAAAUGCAGACGUAGGAUCAAAGUUCUUUUUUUCUUUACAUCCUAAAUAUAAAACAUUGCAUAAUGUCAUAAAGGCGAUCUGUCUCUAAGCAUUUGCAUCUCAUGAGCGCGCAGACACAUGCUACCUAUAGUUGGCAGGAGCUGAGACUCCUGACUGAUCCCAGGCCUGCUCACUACAUGCAGGCGGACGUGCGUCGCAUAGACUAGAGGCUGCACACACCGACACACACCCGUAGUCUACUGACGCUUCCACCUCGGUGAGCUUCCGACCUCCGCUCAGCUGUGUGCUAUUUGCAGUCUCCGUGUGACAGCUAUAAUUCGGCGUCCUUUUGACGAGGCUGUGGAUACGUAAGUGUUGCGCCAUGCUGCCGCACAGCUGCUUUUUUUAAUUCCUCAAGACAGGAACGGGAGACCUCCGCCAUCGGUGAAAAUUGAGAUGUGUUCUCUGAGCCGCUCGUCUGAACGGAUGCUCUCCGAAAUGGUGUCUGAAGCUAACGCUGGCCGCCUCUGUCCAACAGAGAUCAGGAGCACGGAGAGGGCUGCUUCUGACGCGCUUUGAGAUGAAGGAUAAGAAGAAAAAAAGAGACGUGAAAUGAUUUUUCUUUUUGUUUGUUUUGUUUGGUUCUGUUUUGUUUAUGAUGGGGAUUAAUGCGCAUCCAGAUGGGAUUUAUUCCUGAGUAGUUUUCAGCUGAAGGGGGCGGCGGAUCGUGUUGAUUUUGUUCUAAAUUCAGACCUGGAAGAGAGAGAGGGGAAAAAAGGAUACCGUUGCUGCUCGUCGGUGAAUUGAUGUGGGAAUACGCGCUACCUGGGCUGCAUAGAUGGCAAACACAAGCGAGUUAGGAGAAAGCAGCCCGUCCUUACAGAACUAUGCGUCCACGGCCUCUGCGGUCAAGCUGGCCUCCCUGGGUCUGAUCAUGGGCAUCAGUCUGCUGGGCAACGCGUCGCUGUCGCUGCUGCUGCUGAAGGACAGCUCGCUGCAUAAGGCGCCCUACUAUUUCCUGCUGGAUCUGUGCCUGGCGGACGUGGUGCGCUCUGCCGUCUGCUUCCCCUUCGUGAUGGCAUCGAUCGGCGGCGGCUCCGCCUGGCCGUACAGCCCCCUGAGCUGCAAGAUCGUCGCCUUCAUGUCGGUGCUUUUCUGCUUCCACGUCGCCUUCCUGCUCUUCUGCGUCAGCGUCACCCGGUACAUGGCGAUCGCCCACCACAGGUUCUACUCCAAGCGGAUGAAUCUGUGUACGUGCGUGGCGGUGAUCUGCAUGGUGUGGACUCUCUCCGUGGCGAUGGCUUUUCCUCCGGUUUUCGACGUGGGCACCUACAAGUUUAUCCGUGAGGAGGAGCAGUGCAUCUUCGAGCACCGCUACGUGAAGGCGAACGACACCCUGGGCUUCAUGCUGAUGCUGGCCGUCAUCGUGGGGACGACUCAUGUGGUUUACAUAAAGAUGCUGUGCUUCGUUUACGACCACCGCAAGAUGAAGCCGGCUCAGCUGGUGCCAGCUAUCAGCCAGAACUGGACUUUCCACGGCCCCGGGGCCACCGGGCAAGCCGCUGCCAACUGGAUCGCCGGCUUCGGCCGCGGACCGACCCCUCCGACGCUGGUGGGGAUCAGACAGGCUUCGCACCCCGGCAACAGGAGACUGCUGGUGCUGGACGAGUUUAAGAUGGAGAAGCGCAUCGGGAAGAUGUACUACAUGAUUACGCUGACCUUCCUCAUUUUGUGGGCGCCUUACAUAAGCGCCUGUUACCUGAGGAUAUUUGUGCGAGGGGCCCCGGUCCCGCAGCUUUACCUGACGGCUGCUGUGUGGAUGAGCUUCGCCCAGGCGGGAGCGAACCCGAUCAUCAGCUUUCUGUUCAACAAGGAGCUCCGGAUGAGGCUCCGAGCUUGUUUCCCCUGUUGCCUGGGAACGCAGACACCCAUGGAGCCGUACUGUGUCAUCUGAAUCGCAACGGGACCCUCAAAUACUGCCAAAGACACGUUUGUGUAGGAUUUCAGAAUGUACACGGAAUGCACCCCCCUCCCCCGAAAUGUCUUUGCAUACAGGGACCAAUCAAACUUUAGUUUACCCACAUUUCUAUCAGUGGCAAAGGGUUUACACACUAUUUUAAUCUGACAGAACUUUACUGAUGGUGUAAAUUCCUGCUAUAUUUUGCUCUCUGGACUGAUUUAACUCACAUGAAGCAUAAUAUGUAAUGAUUUAAUUAAAAAGAAAGAGGCUGCAGCGUAUUGGAGGGUUUUUUGCCACUCUAGCUGGGUAUCAUGAGGAAACCACUCUUCAUUUUUGCCUCUGCAUGUAUUUUAGGUGUUAUUCAUUCCAGAGGUAAGAUGUAGCACACGCAACUUACAUGUGCCCUGUUAAAUCCUACCUUUGAUGAAUGACCUUUUCCCUAUCUCCAUAUUUUGUGCGAAUGUCAUUUUGCCUAUUUUCUUGCAUAUUUAAAAAAAAAAAAAAUUGAAAUAUUAUCCCAACACAUCAAUCUGAUGUUGUGGCCCACUGGAAAAGUACAAAAAGCAAUGCAGAACUACACUUGAUCAGACUCCCCCCCAUCUUUGCUUAUUAGUCAUUGAAAUACUAAAGCUAAGAUACAGACCUCAGUCUGUUUUUAAUAAAGGCAAUGUCACAUUUGUAAAUACUGUAAAGCCCUGCUAACCCCUUCCUUGAGCUUUUUUUAAAUACCCAUAUAUCCUUGUAUAGUUCAUAAUCUCUCAGAACUCUUUGUGUUGAACGAGGUGUUUGAACUCACUUUAAAAGCAUUUCGCAAAUUCUUCUUCUCCAUCAUCCCCUGUGUUGAGAAGUGGGUCGAUUUACAUUCCCCCAAAGAAUAUACAGUACAUUACAAAACAGCAUUCUUUUUCUAUGGAUGGAACUCUGAGAAAAAAAUGUGAACAAUUUGGUGCUUUGAA